CAUUUGCAACUGGGACGAUGGCCAUCUUAUUGUAUCAUGAAUCCAGAGUUGACACAAGAAAGAGGAAUAUAGUUGGAUACACUCUUUUCACUCUAAGUACACUCUUUCUUAUAGUUUUGGACUUAGCAACGUCAGGGAAAAGGGGAGUUGGGCCUUAUUCCGGUAUAUGUGUGCUUGUGGCCUGCUUUGGAGUGGCCAAUGCUCAAGUUCAAGGUGGUAUGGUUGGCGAUCUAUCUCUUAUGUGUCCUGAAUUCAUGCAGUCAUAUUUUGCUGGUUCAGCUGCAUCAGGAGCUCUAACAUCUGCUUUGAGGCUGAUCACAAAAGCAGCCUUUGACAAGGCUCAUGACGGUCUUCGCAAGGGAGCUAUUUUGUUUCUGGCAAUCUCCACUUUCUUUGAGUUUAUCUGCAUAGCUCUGUAUGCUAUUUGGUUCGCUAAGAUUCCAGCUGUGAAGUACUGGCGUUACAAGGCGGCCUCGGAAGGGUCUAAAACUGUCUCAGCUGAUCUUGCUGCCGUUGGAAUCCAAAGAGAGGAUGGGGACUCUACAGAUGAUCGAUUGAGCAACAGACAACUGAUGUUUCAGAACAUAGAUUAUGCCAUUGAUCUAUAUCUUAUCCAUGUUUUGACACUGACAAUUAUGCCAGGCUUUCUCUACGAGAACACCGGAAAACACCACUUGGGAUCAUGGUACCCACUGGUUCUGAUUGCUCUGUUCAAUGUAUGGGAUUUCAUAUCUCAAUACAUUCCCCUUAUCAUCAAGUUAGAGUCUCGAAAGGGCCUCAUGUUAGCAACUCUUGCCCGCUUCUUGCUUGUCCCGGCAUUCUACUUCACAGCAAAGUAUGGUGAUCAGGGGUGGAUGAUAUUGCUCGUGUCGUUCUUGGGCUUGACCCAUGGUUACCUUACUGUCUCUGUUAUGAUUGUAGCACCUAAAGGCUACAAGGGACCGGAGCAAAAUGCCUUGGGCAACUUGCUUAUGCUUUUUCUCUUUGGCGGGACAUUUUCGGGAGUCGCUCUGGGCUGGUUGUGGAUCAUAGGCAAUGACAAGUUUUAGACAGCAGUCAUCGCUGUCACUAGGGAAGGAACUGAUCUCAACAGGGUUUUUUCGAUUAGCAAAUA